AUGCACGAGUUUUCAAUAUUUAAUAAUGAUGAAUGCGAUCCAAAAUCGUCAGCAUGGUCUGUAUGGUUUAAUACACAAGAUCCAAUGAUAAAUAAUGGCAAUGAUAUUGAAGAUAUAGCACAAAUUCGAGUGUUACAUGAAGACUUUGAUCAAUGUCAAAGUGUAUCCAAUGUUGAAUAUUUCAUAUUAGAAAAACCAAAUGAUAAAUACAUGCAGUAUCGAACAUUAAUCAAUCAGAAUGGUCUAUUUUGUAUGGGUUCUCGCGCAUCACCUUGUCCUAAUUAUAAAAUUCGUUUCUGUUGUUCGCUUAAUAGUAACCAAAGUUCAUUUAAUCAGUGUGGUCAAACAUUUACACAACCCAUUUUAGAUGCAUCUAUUCGUAUAGUUAAUGGUCUUGAAGCUAGGCCACAUUCAUUUCCCUGGGCUGUUUCAUUACAAUAUAAUAAUAUUCACGAUUGUGGUGGAGUGAUCAUCGAUCAAUGGCAUAUUUUAACAGCAGCUCAUUGUCUAGAUUAUUCUAAUGAUCUUGGUAAUUAUUUUGCUCGUAUUGGUGCACAUAAUCGAUCUUCAUCUGGUGAACUUAUGCCUAUUGCACAACUUAUUUUACAUCCUGACUAUGAUGAAGUUCGAUCAACCAAUGAUAUUGGAAUUAUAAAACUAGUAAAACCCAUCACAUUUUCAAGAGAAAUUCAACCAAUUUGUCUUAUUGAUAAAAUUAUUGAACCACCACUCGAUACCACAGUUUAUGUUGCUGGUUGGGGUAAUACUGUACCUGGAAUGUGGAAUAGUUCAAGUUUAGUUCUACGCCAAGCUCGACUUCGUGUUGUUGUCGAUUGUUCAAUGUAUUUUGCUUAUGAAUAUGAAAAACAAAUUUGUGCUUACCCGAAUGGUGCUUCUACAGGUCAAAAUCAUGGAUCAUGCCAAGGUGAUAGUGGUGGCGGUUUGUUUUAUUUAAAAAAUGGUCGUUGGUAUGCUGCUGGUGUCGUUAGUUAUGCGAUAGGAUGUGGACAACCAGAAUAUCCGACAGUGUUUACGAAGACAUCGGCUUAUAUUAAUUGGAUUCGAGCAAUGAUAAAUCGUCCAAUAUGA